AUGUUCGUUGAAGGUCAAAGCUUACUUGAUGCUUUCUUUCCUUUCGAUUUAUGGUGGAUUCUGAUAUUGUUUGCUGGAAUUUCAAACGGAAAGGACGUGAUUCUUCAGAGCAGUUCUUUUCGACAGUUGGAGGUGGCAGUAACAUUCACAUGUAUCGAGACAGACAAGAGUGGGGCGGUGCUUCAACGAUGUGUCGCCUCAUCGGACCGCCCGCCUAUCAACCACCAAGUCGGCCGGUUCCCUCGAAGAUCAGUUGUCGUUGUUCUUCCACGCACAUCACACACUGCUCUAACUAUGCCUCCGAGAAAUCGGCCAAUUUCCACGGUUUCUACGUUGAAUCAAACGAAUCCUUACGCUGGUCGAACUUCCGUAUUACGUUUCCGUUCCUACCAGGAUAGUAUGUACAGAAGGUGUAGAAUGUUGGUGUCACUUCUACUUUUUGUCAAUGUUUGUGCAGCAUGGGACUCAAGUAGCACUAUGCCUUCAGUUGAGUUGACCAGCGUCGACUACUCAACAUCCUCACAGGAUAACUCGGAAAUAGUUGUUGGUUCAUCAAAGAAAUUAACGGAAUAUCUGUUGUCUCGACACAAUAUGAAUGCGCCACCGGAUGGUCUUCUGGAUCUACAUUAUGAGAUGGAACUUGUCCAUAUUCUAGGAAUUGAUGAGCUAAAACAAACAAUGACAGUAUUGGUGUAUGUGGAUGAGAAAUGGACUGAUCCAUCACUAUCAUGGGAUCCGGCACUGUUUGGCGGGAUUUUGAAGACUUGGAUACCUGUUUCAAAGAUAUGGGUUCCCGAUAUUAUUAUAUUCAAUAUGGUCCGAGCUUCCAGGUUACAACGUGAGGAUCUUCUCUCAUCCGUACGCGCACCAGCGUUAAUUUAUCCGAAUGGUACGGUAGAAGCAAGUCAUCCAGCUGUGUAUACUGUAAGCUGUGAGAUUAACAUCAAACGUUUCCCACUCGACGAUCAACGAUGUGCACUGGAAAUCGCCAGUUGGACAUACGGUAAGGAUAAAAUUCGACUACACGCACAUACUGAACAUUCGCUAGAACACUAUACGGAUAAUGAGGAAUGGAGGUUGCUGAAGGUGUCGGUGAUCGAGGACGAAUAUGAACACGAAGGGAUUAAUGUAUCCGAACUACGUUACGAUGUAUCCGUAAAGCGAAGGCCACUUUUCUAUAUGGUUACGUUAACAUUUCCAAGUUAUGUGAUGUGUGCCAUAUCUGUCGUAGGAUUAUUUGCAAGAUUUUCCACUACCGGAGAACGAGAGGAACGAUUCACACUCGGAGUGACAGCGAUUCUAACGAUGGCCGUACUCUCCUUGGUUGUCAGCGAAAAAGUUCCACAUUCAUCCACACAUGUUCCUCUGCUCGUGGCUUAUUUCCUCUUCAAUAUGAUUUCGGUGUCGGUGGCGGCGAUGACCACAGGAUUGGUGAUGAAAGUUCAUCGAAUGGGUCGACAUGGUCAGGAACCGGAAGAAUGGUUGUUGCGCUUAUUCUGUCUACGUCCAGUAAAAAUCCGUAAUGGAAUUUACACCGUUGCCGAUUCCCCGUUCCAUACUCCCUCCUAUAUAAAAGAAUUAAGCGGAGAACUACGGAAAUGUGAGUCGCAGCCGAUGGCCGAAAGGAUUCCCGUCCUAGAAUCGUAUAUAAAGAAACUCGCAAGCACUUGUGCAAAUAUACAGGGUGAAAUCGACGACAUCGAUGUGGACGAUCCGACUGCGUUCAGAAGACGCCGUGAAGCGAACGGAUACGUGCGAAUAUCGGAACGACUUGAUAUUAUUUUCAUGAGUUUCUUCCUUUCACUCGUCACCAUACCAGUCGUUGGCUUUAACCCUAGAAUAAACAAUUUUUUUUUACAUCCGGUACCGAGAGAGAAAUACAACGCGGCUGUUUUCGAUUUCCUGCUCCAGAAUCCACAGGAUCUCUCGUAUCGAAGCUUUAGGAAGGAACUAGGGAAACAGCAAGCUUUCAGGUAA